AUGCAGACGGGAUUCACCCCACCGGAGAAAGGGGAAGGAGGGAAGGAGGGAAGAGAGAAUCGAAGAACACUCCAUCAUUCAUCGUUCCGAUGGAGUGUUGCUGCAGGACCAGUGUUGCCAGAGAACAACGAGCGACAGUCAAACCAAAACGGAGGCAUAAAAUGCACCUUCCCCGCGCCCGAGGUGGAUGGAGUGGAUGGAAUGGAUGGAGUGGAUGGAAUGGAUGGAGUGGAUGGAAUGGAUGGAGUGGAUGGAGUGGAUGGAGUGGAUGGAGUGGAUGGAGUGGAUGGAGUGGAUGAAAUGGAUGGAGUUCAAGCGCCAUCAGUUCUCUCUCUUGACGCCAUCAAAAUUGCAAUUAUAUGCCGUGUGGUCGUGUCCUACGCAGUAUCGAUCCUGGUACUCCGACUCAGCGUUCUCCCCUCGUUCGACUACGUUCACCUCUCAAGUUCAAUCCCUCGAAUUCUCAACUCAGCAAUCAUGCCCAACAAGGAUGCGAAAGGAAAGGGUGCAGCCAAGAAAGGCGAAGGCGACGCCAAGCCUGCAGGCAAGGAGGACAAGAAGACUCCCGCCAAGUCUUCCCCCGAGGAAGGCAAGGAUGGUGGCAGCAAAGCUGCUGGUGGAGCCAAGAAAGGAGGCAAAAAGUAGCCCAGGUGUUUCGUGUCGCCUCAUUCUUCCCAUCUCAUGAGUCGCACUUCAACUGGCUAUCAGUUUCUCAUCUCAUUUUUCCCCCUCAUUUUCGUCCCAUGAUUUUACCAGUCAUGUACUCCCUACUCCGGUUUUCAAAAUAAAUGUGAUGUCUAUCGUA